AUGAUCAUAGCCGGAAUUGGAACCCAGGGUGGGCACUACUUUUGGUGGUCAACUGGAGGCUGGAUUCAUAAGUUCAAGGUGUCUUUUAAGAGCGAUGGAGAAGAAUGGCAGAUAUAUGGCCAGAACACGUCAGAGGAGGAGCUUGUUGGUAAUAGCAAUAUAAACUUAGUGGUGAUCAACAAGCUCUCUCAGCCAUUUGUGGCUCGCCUAGUUCGCAUCCAUCCCAUCGUGCAGACAACAUAUGGUUACUUGAGACUAGAGUUGUACGGCUGUCCAGAUAAGAACAACUGCGAUAGUUCUCCGUGUUGGAACAACGCCACAUGUAAAGAUCAUCUAAGUAGUUUUAGCUGUAUGUGUCCUCCCGGAUUUACGGGAGAGACUUGCGAAACGGUUCUCAAACCAAGCUGCAGCUGUGGUCGACGCACCACCCGACGUAUCGUGGGCGGUCAAAGGGCGUUACCAGGGGAGUGGCCAUGGCAGGCCGGUCUUAUGGUCAAGAAUACGAAGCAGAUUUACUGCGGCGGAGCUUUGAUUAAUCAAGAAUGGAUCGUGACAGGUGCACAUUGCGUGACAUACAGAAAUGCCUCAACGUUGAUGGUCGUGCUCGGAGAAUACGAUGUUACGAGGAAGGAAGGUAUUGAACUCUUCCGAGAGGUUGAUGGAUAUCAGUUGCAUCCGGACUACCACUUAUUAACAGCAGACUUUGACAUUGCCCUUGUUCGCUUUAAACCAGCUUUAAGCCAGUUCAGCAGGUUUAUAUCGCCCGUUUGCUUGCCAACAGCUAACGAAAGUUUCCCGGCAGGAACCAACUGCACGGUCACUGGUUUUGGUCGGCUUACUGAAGCUGGUCGACAAGCAACAACUCUACAACAGGCUGUGUUACCAAUUGUAUCACGGGACACUUGUCAAGCUGCCUACCCAGAAUACCAUAUCACGCCCAGGAUGACGUGCGCAGGAUAUGUUGCUGGGGGUAUAGAUGCCUGUCAGGGGGAUAGUGGGGGACCAUUAGUGUGUCGUAAGGAUAAGAUACACUGGUACCUGGCUGGUGUCGUAAGCUGGGGUCUGGGAUGUGCCAGGCCUGAAUCAUAUGGGAUUUAUGCUAAUGUACCAGUGUUAGCAUCAUGGGUGAGGUCUGCAUUAAUCAAUUCCACCAUUUGUUCACCUUGA